CGCUUCGGAGCAGCUGCUUGGAACUUCUCCUGAAAAGUGAAAACAGUCUUCGUUUCUUUCAACUUUCUUCCAUAUAAAAGCAGAGACAACCACCACAAAAUCUCUUAUUCUCUGAAUUAUCAGAACUCAUCGGAUUCAAAGAGAGAGAGAGAGAAGAGAGAGAAAAUGCAAGAAGGAGCUGCGACUGAUACUGAUUCGGCAAUGGUUGAUGCUUCUCGGAACACGAACGGCGGUCAGGUUGCCGAUUUUCCGGCGAUUCCCACACACGGUGGACGCUUUGUCGAAUACAAAAUCUUUGGUAAUCUGUUUGAGAUCACCUCAAAGUAUCGCCCUCCUAUAAUGCCUAUCGGACGUGGCGCUUACGGAAUAGUUUGUUCUGUAUUGAAUUCGGAGACGAAUGAAAUGGUUGCUAUCAAGAAAAUAGCUAAUGCUUUCGAUAAUCACAUGGAUGCGAAACGGACCCUCCGCGAGAUUAAGCUCCUCCGACAUUUAGAUCACGAAAAUGUCAUAGGUAUUAGAGAUGUAGUUCCACCGCCUGUACGAAGUGCAUUUUGUGAUGUAUACAUUGCCACCGAACUCAUGGACACCGAUCUUCACCAAAUAAUUCGUUCCAAUCAAGAGUUAUCAGAAGAGCACUGCCAGUAUUUCUUGUAUCAGAUCCUUCGAGGGCUGAAGUAUAUACAUUCUGCAAAUGUUAUUCAUAGAGAUUUAAAACCCAGCAACCUCUUGCUUAAUGCAAAUUGUGAUCUGAAAAUUUGUGAUUUUGGUCUUGCUCGGCCGACCUCAGAGAAUGAGUUUAUGACAGAGUAUGUGGUCACCAGAUGGUACCGAGCACCAGAAUUGUUGCUGAACUCUUCAGAUUAUACUGCUGCAAUUGAUGUGUGGUCCGUGGGUUGCAUCUUUAUGGAGCUGAUGAACCGGAAACCAUUAUUUCCCGGUAGAGAUCAUGUGCAUCAGAUGCGUUUACUGACAGAGCUUCUUGGCACACCAAAUGAAUCUGAGCUUGGUUUUGUUCGAAAUGAAGAUGCGAAGAGGUAUAUUCGGCAACUUGCCCAACAUCCACGCCAGUCAUUUACCCAGUUAUUCCCACAUGUUCAUCCAGAUGCCAUUGACCUUGUGGAGAGAAUGUUGACAUUUGACCCCACGAGAAGAAUUACAGUUGAAGAAGCACUUGCUCAUCCUUACCUUGCAAGAUUGCAUGAUAUUGCUGAUGAACCAUUUUGCUCAGAACCCUUCUCUUUUGAGUUUGAGAGACAGGCCUUAGCGGAAGAUCAGAUGAAGGAGAUGAUAUACAGAGAGGCCUUAGCAUUUAAUCCAGAUUUUGUUAUUUGGUAAGCCUGUGGUCUUGGUAUUGUAGACGACUGCAUCAGUAUACACAAUAUCAGGACACAUGAUGCAUAAUGAAGGGAUUACUGACUUGCCAUUUAGCCUUCAACUUGUCCCAUCUAAUAGAAUUAUGUGGAAGCCUGUUAUAUCAGAAGAUUGCAAAUGACGAACUCCAGUGAGCAAUAUUUGCAGAUCUGUGUUGUUUCUGGUUGACUUUAUUUGACCAUGAUGUCUCAUCAACUGAAGUGCUGAUUUCCUGCUGUAUGUAUUCUAGUUCUGCGACUACAGACUGUGAUGCUCAUCUAUGGGACUCGGCCUACAGAUUUAGCGACUGUAGUGCAGUCAGUCAACUUUGUGUGUAAAAUUGAUAACUCAUAUGUUCUUGUGAGAUCCCUGGUUUUCGUUUUGCCGAUAUUUAUUACUGGAUAAGUUUGAUUCUCACAAAUUAGUACAAUGUAAAUAUAUUGUAGUCAGAAGGAUUUGUUUGAUUGUAUCUUGUAAGUUAAGAAAAUUUACUGUUGGUAUCCUAAAUAAGAAAUAAAAAGAACUUCGUUUCUUU